GUCAUUCAAUAAAUUGUCACUGUGGCUGCCAUCGCGAGGAACAUGAAAUGGGUGGCAAGAGCUCUGUCAGUGCCAUCAGCAGAUACCGAUGCCUGUCUUUCUGUAUUCUUUGAGUCGACACCCUCAAAUAAGUACCUCUUCAAUUGUAGUGAGGGCACUUUUCGCGCUAUACAGCAACGGAAAGUCGGAUUGUCAAGGAUCAAAGCCCUUUUUUUGACGCGUAUACAUACCCAAAGGAGCUCUGGAGUGCCUAGUUUACUUAUGUCGCUUGCCGAUAGUGGCUCAAGCUCGUUCACGAUUAUUGGCCCGGAAGGGCUCAAUCAUUAUCUAGCUACUACACGGUCUUACGCAAUGAGGGAAAACUUAGAAGUCAAAGCAACGGAAGCUUCAUUUUCUCCUAUUGGGGGCCAAUGCCCAACUACUCCCCUCGUUUUUAGAGAUGAAAACCUUUCCGUGUACGCCGUGCCGAUAGACCCUCGCCGUUAUAGACCGGAGGACUCGACUCCUUCCCCACCUUCCUUUCGUUCAGCAAAGCGAAAGGCUUCUAGGACCCCCUCCCCCGUAGGAGAAGGCGAGAGACAUUCUUUGCUUCCUUCGUCUCCUCAAGCUCGCAUUGUCUGCCAAACCUAUUGUGGUUUAAAGCCUGAUGAUGGACAGCAAGGGGAGCUGUCCAGGUCACGAAAGCUCCCUAUGAAUUGGGAGCUUCACGCGCGUCGCUUGCCCUACGCUCAGAGAGCCACUGCGGCUGUCAGCUUCAUUGGCCUUGGGCCUUCUGUCCGGGGGAAGUUCGAUGCAAAGCGGGCCCAAGCACUGGGGGUGUUCGGUUCCGACCGUGCAAGGCUCACAAGGGGUGAAACUGUUCUGUCCAAAGAUGGCGUGACAUCAGUUACGCCGGACAUGUGCAUUGGUCCAGGGAUAUCUCCUUCUGCUUUCAUGUUCAUAGAAUGCCCUUCUACGGAGUACAUACCAGGCAUUGCAUCCUCACUAACGCUCGGCGUGAAUGGUCCUUUGAGUGCUGCGAGGUUAUCUUUCAUCAUCCACCGUGUUGGUCGUGGCGUUUUGGAAGACGAGAGAUAUGUAGCGUGGAUGCAUGCUUUUGGAGCUGAUGUUGAGCAUCUCAUAGCGAGUGACGAAUAUGGAGCCAACCCCGUUGCAUAUACCUCGUCAUCAUAUAUUCAACUUAGCUUAGCUGAAUUAGAUGAUCGGAUAUUCCGUAUACCGUCAAAUCGAUUAGAACCUAUCAAACCCGUGCCAGGCUCUCUACCUACCAAUUCAAAACCCCUUCUCCUUGACCAUCAGAUAGGCAUGCAUCCUCCUGCAUGCUCUUCUGUGGUCAGCCCGAUGGGAAUGAAGGACGAGUUUCACCCUGCUCUUCAAAAAAUCAGAGAGGGCGACACGAAGUCCGUUCUCUCCCCGGACAUGUAUCAAACCAUCAACCUUAUCCAUGAGGAAGCACACCUUGAAGAGGACUCUAGGACGAAGGAACCAGGGGAUGAUGUUGUUAUCACCACUCUCGGGACCGGCAGUGCGCUCCCCUCGAAGACGAGGAAUGUUUUAGCUAACCUCGUUCAGAUUCCGCACCAGGGAAACAUUUUAUUGGAUGCUGGGGAGGGCACAUGGGGACAAAUCGCUCGGCGGUUCGGGCAGGAUACCACCGACUCGACUGGCGUGCCUUCCCCGGAGUCGAUUUUACGCGACCUCAAAUGCGUGUUUAUUUCUCACAUUCAUGCAGACCAUCAUCUUGGGUUGGCGAAACUUUUAUCUCUCCGACGCACAAUAGACCCUCCUCCAGAACACCCUAUAUACCUCAUUGCAAACGUACAAACAUUCGAUUAUCUCGAGGAGUAUCACGACCUCGAGGAUUUGGGUAUAAACAACCUGUCUUACGUACGAAAGAUACACUCCGCUGACAUAUCGACUGCAACGCAAAUCCCUUCGAGGGAGAGACUGAGGCUUUCGUCCGAGGAGCUUUCAGAUCGCGUCAAUUUGUCCAACAAGCAUUUGGUGGAACUGAAGGGCAGCCUCGGAAUGUCCUCUGUUCAGACAGUUGAUGUGCAGCAUCGUGGGCCAUGCUACGGGAUUGUUUUUAAACACAUUGAGGGAUGGAGCAUUGUCUUUUCUGGUGAUACGAUGCCGUGCGAUGCUCUGGCCGAAGCUGGCAGGAGCGCAACAGUACUGAUCCAUGAAGCGACGAUGGCUGACGACGAGGAAGAAUUGGCGCGCGGGAAACAACACAGCACUGUUGGGCAGGCAAUCAAAGUUGGGAAACAAAUGGAGGCGAAGCAUAUUCUACUGACUCACUUCUCCCAGCGCUACCCCAAAAUCACGAACCUGAACUCAGCGCCGUCAGCAACCAACACUUGUACACUCACUCAAAGCACCAACGCAGCAUCGAACGUCGCGCUAGCCUUCGAUGGAGCUGCUGUCCCAAUUGGCUCGCUGUGGAAACUGAGCAAAUACACUCCAGCGCUAGAAAAACUGUUUGCCGAGACUGCAGCAGUGAUUGGCGAAGACGAAGAAGAUCUGACAGUUCCCGCGAGGGAGAAUACGCAAAGAGAAGGCAUGGCUUCAGACUCAGCUACAGAUUUGCGAACAGCAACUAGUGGAGAGCGAGAAAUACCACCUAUACGAGAAAAGAAAAAGCCAAAGCGCAUCGCUGAACGUCAAUGACGAGCAAGUCAUAUUUUAGAUGUCCUCUAUACAUGUACCCUCCCAAAUCCCAAAUGUCCUCCAAUUCCGAACCCGGUCCUUGCCAUGCCCUGGAUGUUGCAGUCUGCUGCUCAAGAGACCACCAUCAAGCGAUAUUACAACGUAACCAUAAGUGGGAGUGGCUGUCCCGCUGAUGGGAUUAAAGAAUCACUGCAUUGCACCACAACAAACUGCGGUGAAUGGGUUUCCAAAAAUUGAUAGGAGCAACAGUGCAUUAAGCAACCGCGCUGCCACAAGCCAGACGAACCCGGCUUUUCCGGACAGGUCUAGUAGACCUAUCGUGCCAAUAAUCCCUU